AUGAGCGGAAACUAUAAAGGACUUCAAUCACGUAUUCGGGAGUUGAAUCCUCAGGCUGUAUUUAUAUGGUGUCAUGCCCAUCGGUUCAACUUAGUUGUUAAGGAUGCUGUAUCUUCAAGUUGUAACGCCGUUGAUAUGUUCGGCAACUUAGAAUCUUUAUAUGCAUUUCUAUGGUGUUCAAAAAAAAGGGCUGCCAUUUUUCGUGUAAAUCAACUGAAGAGUAAUUCAGAAAAAAAUGAAAAAAAUCAAAUUCAUGCAAUACAACGAAUAAGUACAACAAGAUGGGGGUCACACUCAGCUUCUCUUAAUGUAGUUUUAAAAUUUCACGAUGCUGUAAUAAUAACAUUGAAAACUAUUAGAUCUAGUGAAGGACCAAGUGAUGCUAGGGUUGGCGCUGCUGCAAGUGGAUUAAUCGAUUAUUUUUCUUCCUACCGUUUCCUACUUGUUGCCAUGUUGUUUCAAAAAGUUUUUUUUAUUGUAGCUCCUAUAAAUAAACAGUUGCAAGCACAUGACUCUGAUAUACUUAUUGCGACUCAAUUGAUUAAAAAUACCAAAUUAGAUACAGAUAAUCUUAGAAGUAGAGGUGUCGCUGAAAUAAAACGUGCUGCUGAUGAUUUCGCUAAGAACAGUAAAAUAGAAUUUGAAGAUUUGAAAGCACCAAGAAAGAAACGUGUACCAAGAAAUGCAGGUGAAAAGUGUAUUGAUGAACCACUUGAUAACCCUUUGGAUAAUUUUAAAGUUAAUACUUACUAUGUUGUGUGUGAUACUAUAAUAUCAGAGCUAUGCCAACGAUUUGGUGAUUCCGAUGGCCUAUUAAAGGAUAUAUCUCUAUUGUCAUCAAAAAGAUUAAGAGAAGUUGGCAAAAAUCCAAAUCUUAUUCCAAAUGAUGCUUUUAUUGAAGUUUGUUCAGUGUAUACAAAUUACCUGGAUCACUCUCUUUUAAUAGAAGAGUAUCAACAAUUUGUUAGAAACUAUGAAGAAAUUGAAAGUACAAGACAAUUACCAAAAACGUUUCGCUCAUUAGAUUUAUGUAAUGAAUAUAAUGAUGAUGAAUUUUCGCAAUUAGAUUUGAACUUGGAAGAUGAAUAUGAAGACACAGAGAAUAUCAAUCAAGAUGACGUAUCAAGUAAACCAAAAAAUAUGGCUACGGUUCUUGAAUUAUUUCAGCUGUUUUGUUCCGCUAAUUUAAAUGCAGUAUUUCCUACAUUAUAUAUGCUAUUCAAAAUAUGUGUGACUUUGCCGGUUAGUAGCUGUAGCGUGGAAAGAAGUUUUUCAAAGCUUAAACUUCUGAAAACUAAACUAAGAUCUACUAUGUUAGAGUCCAGAUUAGAACAUUUGAUGAUUAUUAAUUGUGAAUAA